AUGGGUGUAGGGGCCCCUGACAGCGGCUCUCUCCAGAGCAAGACCUGCGUUGAAUCAAGCCUGUCAGAAGUAGGGGAGGGAACAGAGGGAGUGCUACGGGGUUCGACUGAACCUCCACACCAAUUCGUAGGCUCUUCAACUACUCAAAUAGCCCAUCAGCAACAGAUGAGCGCAAGAGCCCCGUUGCUCCUCACGCCGCGGGAAGUGGAAGAUAUCUCGGAGCUUUGCUUGCAAGUUAUCGUUGAACACGAGGCUGAGAAAGCAUCUAUCUCUUCGCCAGCUCCACUGCAACGUCCGACAAACGCAAAUUCAGUCCCCGCAGCCACCACAGGGAGUCAUGGGAACGGCCAGAUACCGAGUGGUUCGCAGGCUGACUUAGGAGAGGGCACAGAGCGCAGUCUCAGCCAUCCGUCCAGCAACCCCGGGCCCUUUGCUGCUUAUGAGGCCUUUACGCAUGCAGCUGCCCAGCAGCUGCAUGCCACCAGUGCAACAGACAGCGGCGAAGCGUCGCAAGACCCCUCGGUGCCGGAGCAGAUUAAGGAGCCUUACUUUGUUGUAGAUGGGUCUAGCUGUUUGCAGGACGUGAAUCUGUAUGCAACGCGCACUAUUACUGUUCUGCUGCUUGCCGGGCCGUCUCCAACGCGCGUAGAGGACUUGAGGCGUUGCUGGAUGGCCCCCCCUAUGCAACUUCGAAAGAGGAACUUCACCGCGCUAGUCCUUGGCCGUACUGCAGCCAUCGCUGCCUCCGGCUUCGGCCUUCAGCUCCAGUCUUUUCAAGUGAAAGAUAAAGCAUGCCUUGCAGGAACGAAGUACGUCGUGUUCAGUCAAGGGCUUCGUUUCGGGCCUCACCUUCAGCUCGUUCGUUCAAGACGCGAAGAGGAGAUUCGGGGGUUCCUGCUUUUUCUCAGUCUGCAAUUACUCUCGUAUCAGGCGGAGUUGCCUUUAGAGGCACUAAAGGCCAGCAUACGCCUGGUGGGCCGACAAGAUCUACUGCAAGGUUUUGACGUGGUGCAAGUGCUGAUGGGCCCUACAGUAAAAUCCUCCCUCCUUAAGAAUGAUUUCCCUCUUGAGCGCGUCCGCUGCCUGCCCUGCAGAGGUUUCACUGCUCAAGGCAGUCCACUUCAGAGAGCCAUCUCAUACCUGCCUCUCUGCAGAGUGCUCCAGGUGUUGCGUCCUUCUGUAUGUACAGACCUCGAGUCUCUCGGAGAUCUGCUGUCCGAAUGCGAGUCUCUGAAGUAUAUCAUGGACAUUCUGUACAUAGUCCCUACAGAGCGCCUGUUGCAGGAGCUACAACUGGACAGUUUCCGUAGCGAGUGCAAGGCUACGUUCGGAGUUGAGCUUCCAGAUACUCGGCUGCUAGCACCUGAGGGAGAUGACGUAGAGGGCGGUGCCUCUGACACCACAGCAGCGCAGCUAGGCGACACUGCAGCUUAG